GAAAAAGGAGCAAAAGCAUUGCCGUUAUCCCCUGCUUGCUGCUAUCCUCUUUGGUCCGGUGGCCGCAAUGGCUAAACCCCUGCUGCUCCCAGCUCCGGCCUCCACCCCCGCGGCAGCUCGCCUCCCCCCCGUCCGCUUCCUUCUCCACACAACCCCACCUCUCCGCCUCCGUCUCCACCCUUUCCUCUCCCCGCCACCACUCGCGCUUCCUCAAAGCCUCAACCUUUCCGCCGCCGUAUCCACCACCAAGCGCGCUAGGCCGCCGACGAACCCUGGGCAGGUCAUCAGCGAGGGGAGGGAUGUCGACGCCCGCCGCGCCGUCUGCCCUGGGUGCGGCGUGUUCAUGCAGGACGACGACCCCGACCUCCCCGGCUUCUUCACCAGCCCAUCCUCUCCCCGCCGCUCCCCGCAGGACGAAAUGGGAGAAGAAGAAGAAGAAGCCGGUUCUCCGGAUGCGUUCCUUGAGGAGGACGACGAGGGGUUGUUGGAGGGUGGCGAUUUGCCGUCAGAGUCUGACCUCGCCGCCGAAUUGCACGGCCUGGGCACCGGUUUCGGCGAUUUUGUCGAGGAAGAGGGCAGCGAUGGAGAGAGUGGGUCGCCGCCGGCGAUGGCUGGAAUUGACUGGGACUCGGAUUGGGAUGAGGAGAUGGAGGACGAGGAGGACAAGUGGAGCAGAGAAUUAGAUGGCUUCACGCCGCCGGGAGUCGGGUACGGGAACAUCACUGAGGAGACCCUUGAGAGGAUGAAGAAGGAGAAGCUGUCCAAGUCGGAGAGGAAGCAGCGUGCCAGGGAGGCCAAGAGGGCCGAGGCCGAGGAGGACUCCGCCGUGGUCUGCGCCCGGUGCCACUCGCUGAGGAACUACGGCCAUGUCAAGAAUGACAAGGCUGAUAACUUGAUUCCGGACUUCGAUUUCGACCGCUUCAUAUCGUCUCGCCUGAUGAAGCGGUCCGCAGGCACGCCGGUUAUCGUCAUGGUAGUGGAUUGCGCCGAUUUCGAUGGGUCAUUCCCGAAGAGGGCAGCCAAGUCAUUGUUCAAGGCACUUGAGGGAAGGGGGACUUCUAAAUUGAGUGAAACGCCGAGGCUUGUUCUUGUUGGCACGAAGGUGGACCUGCUGCCCUGGGAGCAGAUGGGAGUGAGGCUCGAGAAGUGGGUGCGAGGCCGAGCGAAGGCUUUUGGAGCGCCAAAGCUGGAUGCCGUUUUCUUGAUUAGUGUUCAUAAGGAUUUAUCUGUGAGGAACUUGAUCUCUUACGUCAAAGAAUUAGCGGGGCCGCGCAGCAAUGUCUGGGUGAUUGGUGCACAGAACGCUGGCAAAUCUACGCUGAUCAAUGCAUUUGCAAAGAAGCAAGGUGUUAAGAUCACAAGAUUGACAGAAGCCGCCGUCCCGGGAACCACAUUAGGCAUAUUAAGGAUGACAGGUGUUUUGCCUGCAAAGGCUAAGAUGUAUGAUACUCCUGGAUUGCUGCAUCCAUAUAUAAUUUCAAUGAGGUUAAACAGCGAGGAACGGAAAAUGGUUGAAAUUAGGAAGGAGCUUCGGCCGCGGACUUUCAGGGUGAAGUUGCAAACUGUCGCAGGCAGGACAAUCCGUCCACAUCGGAGGCCUGACACGCUUGGAUGUACUAGAAGCUUCUGUUCAGACUAUCUAUGUAACUGUUUGGGUAUCUUGCAAUAUUUCGCUCCAUCUCGGAAAGACUGAAAAUGCUGAAGAACUGCGGAGCAAACAUAUCGGCAUCAGACUUCAGCCACCAGUUUGCGCAGAGCGCGUUGCCGAAUUGGGUCAGUGGACAGAAAGACGGAUUGAUGUGUCCGGGAUCAGCUGGGAUGUAAACAGUACGGACAUCGCAGUUUCUGGCCUAGGCUGGUACUCGUUGGGCCUGAAAGGCAAUGCCACCGUUGCCGUUUUUACUUUCGAUGGCAUUGAUGUGACGCGACGUGAUGCCAUGAUUCUGCACCGAGCCAAAUUCCUUGAACGGCCUGGAUUUUGGCUGCCCAUCGCCAUUGCAAAUGCUAUCGGGGAGGAGACCAGGAAGAAGAAUGAGAGCAUGAAGGCUGAGCAGAGUGACGAUGACCUUCUGGAAGAAAGCAUCGACUGACCCUGGAGGUGCCCAUGAAUGACUUCCGCCAGGCAAUAUUUUCGAGAACAGAAACACAUGGUUGUGCUGCUGAUAAAGCGAAUGAUGUUGAAAUUUCUUUGCUGAGAGACCUGUUGUUUGUCAAAGCUUAAAUGUAGGAGUAAAAUUGUAUGAAAAAUGUUUAGCUAGGCAUGGAAAGUAGUUGUGGCCAACAAGAAUGUAGUAGAAAAAGUGAGUAAUAAUUGAGAGAAAGGAGAUGCCAUAUUCUGCCCCA